CGUACAGCGACGCCAUUUCGCGAUCCAUCGAAUCGAACGAUAGUGCCCAUCUGUUCUUUUCGCAGUUUGGAUAUUUCUUAUAGUUUGUUUCUGUUUGUUUGUUUAUUCCUGGCGUUGUUUAAAACAGGUAGCCGUCGCCGAGAGCAGGCGUCCAUCUGCAUCCCCACUAAAACUGUUGUGGGCCGCACUCGACGACGGCAACGACCUAGCGUCGCGACGCCUCGAGCACAUGGUUUGCGGACGUCUUCUGGUCCGGUCGCACGCAGUGCGGAAUUUCGCUAAAUAUCGCGAACAGUUUUGUUUACAUUUUUUCUCACUGAAUUUUGGGACUGUUCUCGAGACCAUUUCUCUUUGGACUCUAAGUGGAACCGUUGAUGAGCAUGUUUUACUUAGUUAUUGAAGAUUGACAUGGGAACAUGUUGAUGGUUGUUCAUGAUUUUCAAGAUUAAAUUGGGCAACUAGUCAAUGAAAAGUGAUGAAAAGGAACCGGUGCUUAACUGCGCUGCUGCCCAAUUUAGAUGAGAUCUUCUGAGUGUCCUGCAAUGCCCCGGCUAAUCCUUCUGGGAAUCCUGCUGCAGAUUCUCCUAGACUAUCCAGUUGUACAGGCAGUCAGCUGGGAGGAAUGGUGGACCUACGAUGGCAUAUCUGGUCCAGCGUUUUGGGGUUUGAUCAAUCCCGAAUGGUCUUUGUGUAACAAAGGUAGGCGACAGUCUCCGGUCAAUUUGGAGCCCAGCAAGCUGCUGUUUGACCCCAAUUUGAGACAGUUGCACAUUGAUAAGCACAGGAUCAGUGGAACGAUGAUGAAUACCGGACACAGUGUGAUAUUCACUGUGUACAAUGACACGCACAGUCACAUUAACGUUACUGGUGGUCCUCUAUCGUAUCGAUAUCAGUUCCAAGAGAUUCACAUUCACUAUGGGCUUCACGAUCAAUUUGGAAGCGAGCACAGCAUUAAUGGAUAUGCUUUUCCGGCCGAGAUUCAGAUUUUCGGAUUCAACUCGCAGCUUUACACGAAUUUCUCCGAGGCCCUGCAUAAGGCUCAAGGGAUUGUCGUUGUCUCGCUGCUGUUACAGCUGGGCGAUCUCUCCAAUCCGGAGUUAAGAAUACUCACGGAUCAGCUGGAGAGAAUUCGACACGGAGGUGAUGAAGUGGAAGUCAAAAGGCUAUCGGUGCGAGGGCUUUUGCCGGAUACUGAUUACUACAUGACCUAUGAUGGAUCAACGACGAUGCCUGGUUGUCAUGAAACGGUCACCUGGCUCAUCCUAAAUAAACCAAUUUACAUCACAAAACAACAGAUGCACGGCCUGAGGCGUUUGAUGCAAGGCGACUCCAAACACCCAAAAGCCCCCCUAGGAAAUAAUUUCAGGCCGCCGCAGCCCCUCCAUCACAGGCCCGUGAGAACAAACAUAGAUUUUAACGUUAGAAACAAAGCAGCCACGGGGAAGCAGUGUCCCAGUAUGUACAAGGACGUCUACUACAAAGCCAACAGUUGGAAGCAACAUUGAGUAGCGACGAAUUCAUAAAUAAUUAAUUUACUUCAAACGAACGAAGGGAUUGUGCCAUAUCUAAGUACAGAUUAAGUACACGAAAUCUUGAUCAUAUCCGUUAUUAGGUACGGACGAGUUUUAGGGGCGUCAUCGCAGCUUUGGCGUUAUUUUUAUCAUUUGAUCCCUACCCGCCAUCCGCUGAAAUUGGUUUGUUUGCUCGCAAUUUUUUUUGUAACUAAACCCUCACAGUUGCGUUGACUCUUGAAUUUCAAUUAUUCUUAAACACAAGGUGUCCCAACGACAGAGUAAGUUUACGCUUAACUUGUAUUAUUUUUGCAAUUAGCCAGAGUGCGGUAGAAAAGUUGGAAUGAAAUAUCUGUUUGAUUUUUGAAUUCUUAAGUAAAUUUUAAUUUUUUUAUUUUAUAAAAUAUGAACUUAAACUGGAUUUUUAUUCGGCUUUAAAGAUGAUAAUUUACAUUUUCAUGCUGUUAAUUCGAACACUUUCUCCGUAGUCGUUCAACAGACAUUUUUUUAAAUUGCUAGAGAAGGAUUAAUCCUUCUCUAGCAGGAAUAAGUUAAUAUUUGGUUUGUAAAAUAUUAAAAAAUCCUACUUAUUUUAAGUGGCACACUCCGUAUAUUGGCGCUGUGUUUUAUUCAAGAUCAGAAAAUCUUAAUAUCAAAUACAUGGAACACCUUACAUUUUAUUUUAUUUUUGUUUUCUCAAGUAAAUUUAAAUUUUUUUGGUAUGCAAAAUAUGAACGAUAAUUUUAUAGUUUUCUACUUAUUCGGAUUUAGCUAUGAAUCUUUCCAUUUUCAUGGUGUUGAUAAAUCCAAAAUUCCUCUUUUGCCUUUAGACACCAAGUUUUGAAAUGUGGCUAUGAGGAAAGAGAUCAACAUAACAUGUUCACUAACUGGGCAGCUGAAGUUCAAUUAACUUGUCCUGGUCCGAAGCAAUUAAACGACGAACUAUUUAGAUUAUCGAAAAAUGUCAGUUAUUUGAAAUGAAUCGGAAUUUAAAUAAAAACAAAUCACAAACAUCACAGUAAUUAGUUUUUCAAAAUUUCUGGCAACUUUUUUCGUUUGCAAUCUGAUUCUUGCAUCAUUCGUAAUGGGAACAAGGUUGUUAAUUCUGCUCCAAAUUCCUCAGUUCGUUCUGUGCAAGUUGCUUCUUGCGUCCUGAUGUCCCACUUUUAAAUGAUUUUCAACUGAAGAAUUCCAGUUCAGCUUCCAUUUGUUCAUGGUCGGAGCAAAUUUGUUGCACCAGAUUUUAAUUUUUUGUAACUUUUCAUCUUCAUUUGAAACACGAUCAGUGGAACAAUCAAAUUAAUUUUAUGUUUUUUAGAGCGUAUGCGAUGUUUUCCUUACCCUUGUGACCUGGAAGCAAAGUACUUUUUCGAUAACAAAACUUGGGGAAAAGAUGUACAUUUAACGAAAUUGUUCUUCUUUUGGAAAUGUCCUACUUAUUUGGCCAUAGUUUCAUAAAACUCUGGAAUUAAUAAAGCGAGAACUAUUCAUGCAUUAUUUGAGGAACGGUAGCCAAUUUAGAAGCCUAUUUGCCCUGGUUAUUGUCAUUUUAAGAGAUUUAAAAAAAUCUUUACUAUUCCAAUAUCCGCCCACAGUGUGUUUGCAUGCGAUAAUUGAAUGAAUCCGCAAUAAAACAAGAGAAAAAUAAAAGUAUACAUUGUAUACAUUGCAUCAAGGUGUGUGAUAAACGAUAAGAGUUUUUCAAGACUUUUAUCAAGCUUUUGUUGCCGUUUAGCAGACUUUCACAGAGUUGGACCGAUUUUUCCCCCUUGUUGAUUUAUUUAUUCUUGUGCGGUGAUAAACGACUAGAGGAACUAGAGAUGCGAUCAAGCUAAACGGCAAAGGUGAGUUUUAAAUUAUCGAAUUUGCAGUCAGAAACUCAGAAGAAAAUAUGUGAUGUUUUUAAGAUGAUACUCGACGAUAAACGAUAAGGAUGAGGGUAUAACUGUUUAACAGAAAACGCUUGUUUGCCAGUUUUUGCAGAUCUAAACUUAGAUAUUUCCAAAUAAGCCUUUCUUCUUGUUCGUUGUUUUGGGUUUAAUUUUGUCGAAGUUCUCGAAGGCCUUUUGCGUUCUGCAAAAUUUACUGACGAAUCAUUUACAUGUGAGUAACGACAACGAUAAGAGCGAGGUAAAGAACCGAGAUAAAAGAUAAGUACCGAAUAAAAUGAAUUAAAUGAAAACACGCAAUUUUUAAGUGUUUUGAUGAGAUCUGCUAGGUGAAUGAAUAGAUUUCGUCAUUAUUUGUGUUGUAGCGGUGUCAUGUUUGGCAAGUGCAACAAACCAGAAAAUAGACGAUAUUAUUAAAGCAUUGGAACAUUUUUUAAAUGCAUCCACCUGAAGGCUAAGUGGAGCUUAAACAGUGCAACAUGUAGUUGUUUGUUUUGCUUUAUUAUUUGCAAUUUUUUUUCUGUUCACUUUCUCAUUUCAUUAUUUUCGUCCCAAUUUGCGUUGAUUUAUUGGUCAGUAGAAGACACUUGUUGCGUGUUGUGUCUCUGCGAUGAUUCCCCGAUUUGCGACAGAUAUUACAUUGCCAUUAAAAGUGAAUGUUGAGUGAAAAUCACACACAAAUUCGAGACAUAUCAAACGCUAAUUUUAAAUAAUAUUGAGGAUGUGCGAGAUGUGUGGAAAUCCAUAGUAAAUUAGUCGAGUUGCAGGGGUCGUAAGACGCGCCAAACAAUCACGACCAAUAAGCGACUGUUCAUUUGAUUGAAAGCCGUUAAUUGGCCCAGGCAAAUUACGACCAGACACAAUCACCUCGAAAAUCUAAAAUAAAUAAUUAUCGAAUAAAAAAAAUAGUGAACUGCUUUGUGUAGCUUUAGGAUAUUUCGUUCUUCAGUUGAGGCCUAAGAUUACAAGCGCUGCAAAAAGCACACCAAUUCUCUGGACGGAUUUUGCGGAGAAAUCUGUCUGCAGAAUUUCCGGUUUCCAACUCUCUGUUACAUAUUAGGGAUAAGUACUACUUUAUGACUUACUUUAGUGAACGCAUUGUACAUUUAGAACAAAUAUAUACUAUAAAUAAAUAUACAGAAUAAGGUCACAAUUUGGGUUGUUGGGUACCGAUUCUUCCGACUGUAAAGCGCUUGUAUACAACCCCAUGUCGGUAGGAUGGAUACCUCAAGUGCAGAACUACCAUUGUUGAUUAAUUGUUGUAAAAUAUUGAAUUUAAUUUGCAAAUGUACCGAGGUAAUAAAAAAGCCAUUUAAAUA